AUGCAUUCACCAACACAAGAAAACCAAACCGCUACACAAACCGUCAUGAGUGCCGUCGCCGACCCCAAUGUGUGGGGCCAUGCCUUUUAUGGCGAGGCAAUGGCGUGCGCAGCCUCGGCGGCGGCAUGUACCGGCCAUAAACAACCGCUGGUUCGGGGAAUACCAGAUCAAGUUUGUUCCUGGCCCGUACCAGCUGUAAUGGCCGGUACCAACACUCGGCAUGUUGGUCGGCAUGCUAACCAACCAACAUGCCAUGUAAAUAAGCAAGUGUAAAUUUUGUAAAUAAAUUCCUCUCUUUUCCUGUUUAAUUGUAAAUUUUUGGUUUUUGUGUGUUCUUUGUAAAUUUUCUUUUAUUCAAUAAAAAUCUUUCCACCAUAUAUAUCUUUUUCUCUUAUUAAAUAAACUUAAAUAGCAACAAAAAAAUUGUUUUUCUUUAUUUUUCCCUUAUAGAUAUAAACGCUACUCUCGUUUAUAUCUAAAAAGUUAGGCUCUUUUCACAUUUUAUAAAAGAUUCUAGUACUUAAUGUACUUUCUUAACUUCACAACAGAACUUUUAAGCCCGAAUUUCCUUUAAUAUAAAUGUUUGAUCAAAGAAAGACCAUAAGAACAAGAAAUUGAAAAUAAUUACAUUAUCUUUUCUUUUGUAGAUCUAUAAAAGAACAAGAAUAUGAAACAAUAUGAAGCCAACUAUACUGGUCACAAAAUUAUUUGAUAAAAUACCUGAUUCUUAUUUUAAAAAAAAGUAGAACAAAUACAAUCACCAUGAACUUCAAACAAUAGUCAGCAUAUUCGAUUAUAUCUAACACAAAGGACGCUCGUAACGAAUCGUACACAUCCAAAUCAACAUAUAACUAUUUAUUUCACUUAACCAUCUCAUAUUAUCUUAUACAUUUUCUAGGUACCAUGUGCCUAUACAUGCGUAAUAUUCUUUCUUACAUGCAUACUUAUACUAAAAAAUUAAAUUCAAGAGACAUAUGAACGGACUGUAAUUUCAGUCAUAUUGACUGAAUUGAAAAAUUCAACUUUUAUAAAAAAGAAUUUUUCUUUCCAUAUACCUUCACAAUGUAUCUAUAGUUAUAAACGGUAAUCAAGAAAGAGAUUACCAUUUGAGUUUUUCUGCAACGUACAUCUUUCGACUGUACGAAUUCGUAUAAACAAUCUUUGAGAAUUAGUUGCGGAACAGAACAUGAUAAUUUUAACAGAAAUUAUCUUAACAAAAAAAUAUUUUUCACCUGUUUACUAUCUCUCAAUAGAAAGAUAUUCAUGGUCACGAGCUGAAGAAAAAAAGACAGUUCGUUUAUGAAAACGACAUGAUUGUAUUUCAUCCGAUUCCAAGGAACAUAUAUCAGAAGUAAUCAGUCGACGAGCAAUGAUAAUUUCAAAGAAAAACUCAUUUGUAGCGAAGAAAAUUUCUCUAUUAAAUGUUAUGAGUUGAAUAUAUAAAUGACGAUUCACAUCAGCUAUGAAACAAAAGUUUGUUUUAAUCGAAUCAAGUGAUUACAUUUUAUUCAAUAUAAUGCAACUGAUCAGAAAAAAAUAAAUCGAUAUGAAAAGAUGUAAUAUUAAAGAAAAACCACCAUUAAAGAAAAAACGUUUUCCCUCUAAAGGUAGUACGCUGCUAUAUAAAUGACCAAUCUCAACUAUAAAAAAAGGUUUUUUUAAUCAUACCAGGUGAUU